AUGUCUACAUCUGCAGGCCGGCGCAUAGACGAGGAGGCCACUACAUCAUGGCGGCAACGUUCUGAACUCGAGAAGAUGGCCAAUCUACCACAAAACCUGGACGAUGAACUCGCAAGGCUUGACAAACAGUUCUGGAUCUCCGGUUCUAAGCUAAAGGAAAUUAUUAGCCGUUUCAGAGAAGAGUUAGAAGAAGGCCUCACCAAAGACAAACAAGAGGGCAUACCUAUGAACAUCACUUGGGUGCACAAUUUGCCUUCGGGGAAAGAAAAGGGCACAAUACUGACCAUUGACCUUGGUGGUACAAACUUGAGAGUCUGUAAAGUGGAUCUGCAUGGAGAUGAAGGCAGGAAACAAGGAGAUGGGAAGCACAGCAUGGAGCAAGAGCAAUACAAGUUACCAGAGGAGAUGAAGACUGGGGAUGCUGAUAGUCUCUGGAACUUCGUUACGGAAAAGGUGGCGGCAUUCAUCCACGAUUGCAAGCUUCAUGAGCAAUACAGCGCGGAGAAGCCCAUGCCACUGGGCUUCACAUUCAGCUAUCCAGCGACACAGAAACGUAUCGACCACGCAGUCCUGCAGACAUGGACCAAAGGUUUUGACAUCAAGGGUGUAGAAGGUCAGGACGCUGCGAAGCAACUUCGAGAUAAGCUGCAAGAAAGAAAGCUACCAGUCGAAUUGAUUUGCGUCAUCAAUGAUACCGUCGGCGCCAUGGUGGCCUCCGCCUACAAUGACCCAGACACGAUUGUCGGCGCCAUCUUUGGUACUGGCUGCAACGCAGCUUUCAUGGCCAGCCUUUCGAGCAUUGGAAAACUAGACUCCAAUGACGAGAGAAUCACGGAUGCAUCAUCGCACAACGGCGCGACAAAGGGUGAAGAGAAGAUGGCGAUCAACUGCGAGUAUGGCGCCUUCGAUCAAGCCGGCCGUGUCCUUCCCCGCACAAAAUACGACGAGCAAAUCGAUGCAGAGAGCCCCCGACCUGGCGAGCAGAGUUUCGAAAAGCUCUCCGCUGGUCUCUACCUAGGCGAAAUCUUCCGUCUCAUACUGAUAGAUCUCCUAGAUCGCGGUUUGGUCUUUAGUCAGACUUCGAAGGAAGAUACAAAGACAAUACGUGAACCAUACAGUAUCGAUACAGGCUUCCUAUCUCAGAUAGAAGACGACGAGUCGCCCAAAUUCACCAAAACACGCGAACUCUUCCACUCCGCACUCUCGAUUCAGCCCACAGACGUCGAGAUCGAACUCUCACGUAGACUAGCUGAGAUGAUCGCUGUGCGUGGUGCGCGACUAUGUGCUUGUGGUGUAGCUGCCAUCUGCACCAUGGAAGGUAUCGAGAAGGGCCAUGUAGCUGCAGACGGGAGUGUGGCGAACAAGCAUCCAAAGUUCAAGAGGAGAUGGGCUAAGGCUUUGGGUGAAGUGCUUGGAUGGAAAGAAGAAGAAUGUGGAGGGGAUGGUCCAAUUACGAUUACGAGCGCGGAAGACGGGAGUGGAGUUGGUUGCGCGAUUAUUGCGGCUAUGGAGUUGGAGAGAAGGGUGAAGACGAAGAGUCGCUAA